CCUAUCGUUCUGCGAUAACAUAAUCCAAACGAAUAAUAAAUAAAUAAAAGCAUUAUUAUUAAAGAAAAAUUAAACGCCGGGCAGGAGGAAACUGCCGGACAACAAGAUUAAAAAGACGCCAAUCGGUUUUGAUAUUUCGUUGAGUUGCAGCCACCGUAAAUCGCCAGGAAGAUGGGGCGCCGCUCCAUCAACACCACCAAGAGUGGCAAGUACAUGAAUCCCACGGACCAGGCGCGCAAGGAGGCGCGCAAGAAGGAGCUCAAGAAGAACAAGAGGCAGCGCCAAAUGGUGCGGGCGGCGGUCCUGAAGAACAAGGAUCCCUCACAGAUUCUCGAGGAGAUGGAGAAGAUCGACGAGAUGGAGUACAACGUGCUGCAGCCAUCCCCACUCAACGAGAAGGUGCUGCGCGACAAGCGGAAAAAGCUGAAGGAGACCUUCGACCGCGUGAUGCGACUCUAUCACAAUGACGAGCCCGAGCACUGGGCGGACCUCAAGCGCAAAGAGGUGGAGUACGAGAAGAAGCGCCUGAAGAAGCAGCAGUACUACGAAAGCGUCAAACACGCCCAGAGCGUGCAGAUCGAUGAGAUUCCCCUGCCCGCACCGGUGUCGGCGGCUAUUCCAGGCGCACCUGCCGGCCAAGCUGGCGGUCCGGUCGUCCCGGGAUUCGGUGCCGCCGUUGGUAUUCGCCUUCCCCCGCCGCCCAUGACAAUGGCUCUGCCGCCCUAUGCCCCCGGUGCUCCGCCAGGCGUGGCCAAGAACAGCGAUUCAGCUGCUAGCGAGGCACAGGCGGAGAAGUCCAAGGAGGACGAGGAAAAGGAUUGGCUGGGUGUGCCCCCGGGACCGCCGCCGGAUCUGUUUGCCAUGUCCGAACUCGAUUCUGAUGCGGAGGGCAAUACGGACUACGAUGGCGAGGGCGAGGAAGAAGAGCAGGAGUCAUUGAGGAAGAGCAAGGACAAGGACAAGGAGGCCACGGAACCCAAUAACCAAAACAUCGAUGAUUUCAUGAAGGAAAUGGAGCAUGUGCACAAGCGAAAGCAUCGCAAGCUAGCGGCCAAGGAGGACGAGGAGGACAAACAACGGGAGGACGACGAGGACGAUGAUGACUCCGAGAAGCGUUUGGAACGAGCCUCUAGCUCGGACAGAAAAUCCGCCAGCAGUAGCGAAAGCGACGACGACGAUCAGGAUGAGGAUGAAGACGAAGAGAUUGCCGAACCGCCUACCAAGCCAGCAUCUGUGAAAUCCUCCUCCACAACGGCAGCGCAACCAGCACCGGCUCCUCCGACGGCGCCGACACUGCCGACUAUUCCGUUGCCCCCGGCGUCGUCAGUGCCAGCGCCACCACAACUGCCGCAACUCCCGCCUAUUCACAAUCUUGGGCCGCCGGGCAUUAUGUACCGACCUCCACCCUUGCGACCACCACAUGCUGGGUCCGGUUUUGGCAUACGCAUGCCGCCUGGACCACCGCCCGGUGCGAGGCCACCACAUGGCCUGGGACCAAUGCCCCGCAUGGGCAUCAGGAUGCCGCCGGGACCGCCACCGGGCCUGCCACCUCGCCUCGCCCACCAUAACAAGCAGGGAGGCGGCGGCGGUCCGCCCAAGGACUCAGCCAAGGGUGUGACCACCAUUACAGCAAAGCCACAAAUCAGGAAUCUGAGUGCGGAUGUCACCCGCUUUGUGCCGUCCACGUUGCGAGUGAAGCGCGAGGAUCAGCGGCGGACGGCGAGGCCCAGGCAUGCGGCCAACGAUGGUCACCACGCCCCCACGGAGUCACACACCAAGCCGCCCACCAAGGACGACGCUUAUAUGCAGUUCAUGAACGAGAUGCAGGGCUUGCUGUAGCGUUUGAAGGGAGUCCUGUAAAUUGUGUAGUCUAAGUCCUAGAUAAAGCGAGUCAUUCGAACCAAUA